GCUAAAUAGUAGAUACGGCGGUGGAAAAGACUUCUAUUUAGCAAUCUAAGCAAAUAGAGAGCGGAACAAAACCGGACAUUCGAGCAAAAAUGGCGGAAUCUGUGGUGCUUCCCGUUAUCGAUCUUUCUUCAUCAGAUCGAAUCUCCACUGCUAACUCUAUCCGGCAGGCGUGUAUGGAGUAUGGCUUCUUUUAUCUAGUCAAUCAUGGGGUAGAGGAAGAAGUUUUAGAAAAUGUGUUUGAUGAAAGUAGAAAGUUUUUUUCGCUUCCACUUGAAGAAAAAAUGAAAUUGGGUCGCAAGGACGACGUGGGUUUCGCCCCAAUAUAUGCUGAGAACCUUGAUUCCUCUACAACUUCUAAAGGGGAUUUAAAAGAAACAUUCCAUAUCGGUCCUUUAGAAGGUGAAGAGAGUCAUCUGAAUCUAUGGCCUUCUAAAGAGAUAUUACCUUCUUGGAGAUUCUUAAUGGAGAAGUACUACAAAAAAGUCUUGUCUACUGGGGAACGGUUGAGCACUUUGAUUGCACUGGCUUUAAAUUUGGAAGAUGAUUUCUUUAAAAAAAUAGGAGCUUUAGAUAAACCGUAUGGUUUUCUACGACUUCUGCACUAUCCAGGAUUAAACGCAGCAGCAGGUGAAAUUGAGGAGGAAGAGGUUGUAUAUGGUGCCUCUGCACAUUCUGAUUAUGGAAUGAUCACGCUUCUGGCAACAGAUGGUGUUCCUGGUCUCCAGGUGUGUAAGGAAAAACAUAAGCAGCCACGGACUUGGGAGAAUGUAAGUCAUGUGAAGGGGGCCUUCAUUGUUAAUCUUGGGGACAUGAUGGAAAGAUGGACUAAUUGUUUGUUCAGAUCAACACUACACCGAGUUAUGCCAACCGGGAAAGAGCGAUAUUCUAUGGCCUUCUUUUUGGAUCCUAACCCGGAUUGUAUGGUGGAGUGCUUGAAAAGUUGCUGCAGCGAAUCAUCUCCUCCACGGUUUCCUCCGAUCCGUAGUGGAGACUACCUCAGAGACCGUAUCACUGCUGCAUAUUCCUAUUCUUAAAUUUUAAUGUUUACUGAUAUUAUUAUUUCAGAUUGUAUAUUUUUAGACCUAACUCAUCCAUCUAAUUGAUGCAUGCUACUUUGUUUCAUCUUCUAUGUUUGCUUUUUUCAUAUUCCAAGUUUCUAUGUAAUUGUAUACAAUC